AGUUAUGACGUUUUUGUGUGUAACGAAAGACUUCUGUUUUAAAUGCAUGCUGUCCUCAGAUAAACUCUUUAGACUAUUAUAAGACACAUACUUAUUUUGUACUUUGCCAAAAUGACAGGGUGAUGUUGUUGCACAAGUACAGAAUUUCUGUUGUAAUACUAUGGUUAGUGUGUCCAUUUUUUUGAAUGAGUUUAGUUUAAGGUCGAUUCCAACUACAGACUGUUUCCACUCAAACGAAUAGCCUUGUUUGGUAAGAACAAGUAAUUUAUGAAGCACAUCAGUUAGGUAACUUGUAGUUGACUGACUGGAUUCAACAUAGAACUUCACGCAGAAGUGCAGCGGUCCGACUUGCCACACUCCGUGUAGCACGCAAAGGUGGAGAAAAAAAGAUUCAAAAGAACAAUAAUCAGAAAUGUACGGGAAAAAGAAUAUCAACAUGAAAAACAAUGGGGGUUUAGUGGAUAUGGAAGGUCACAAAGAGUGUAUGCAUCUGCUCCAUUAAGAACGAUUUCGAGCCGUAUCACCAGUUGUCUCCAGCCAUAUGUUCCUAGCAUCCCGAGGACCCCAACAAGGAAGCCAGUCUACACCUCCUUAUGUGGCUCAAACCAAGUAUCAGAAAUUUCAAUUUUCGGUUUGACCACCACGACUCUUUUCCAACCUGAUCCUAUGUCAGCUAGAUAGCUUAUCAUAUCUUUCUUAAUCCUGAACGGAUCGCUCGUCAGACAUUGGAAAUUAUUACUAAUAUAGCACAACAUCAGUUCGCUAAAUCUGAUCGUUAUAAAUUAUGCCGCACUUUGAUGUUCAUUUUGCAGCAUGAUUUCUUGUGUGAAGCAAUAUCUCAUUUUGGAGCUGCUUAUUUAAUAUGGGAUUUGUGGAAAUCAGAACACUUUCCAAAUGGUAAUAAUCCAUUUACAGAGUUUUUAGUUUCAUAUCUGCAGGAUGAAAUAAACUGUAAAUUACCACGAUCUGCAAUUUCAAUGUUCCAUACGGUUCUCCAUCAACCUGAUCAUAUUCGUGAUUUUCUAAAGUAUACUCCAUUACAGAUUUUUGAUUUACAGUGUCCCAAUAUUGAUACCAAGCUUAACUGGAAUAUACCUUCAUUUACCAACUCUCCGACUUCAUCUUCACGUGUUUCGAAGUUAGCCGCCUCUGGAUUAGCAUGUGUUGUCCCUGAUAAUGACGUGCCUAAUUCUUUUGAGCCUUCUUUUCAUUUACAUAAAGCUGGUACAGUUGAUUCAUCUAAUAUAGCAGACCUACAACGUCAAUGUUUGGACUCAUUAUUGGCUCGUGGUGAACCAUUGAGUUGUCGAAAUAAUAUAUAUCCCGAAUUUCUUCGUGUUGCUCCACCUUUAUUACCGUGUCCUCAAGGAAUCGAUAAGAUUUUAUAUGAUCUAGAUGAAGAGUUUGAAUCUCCUAUUCAUACAGACACUGGUACUAUUCCUGCGGACAAGAAAUCCUCAGCAAAGAAGUCUAGACCUACUUAUGGUUGGUGCGAAGAACUUAUCUGGCUUAAUCCUGAUAUUGUAGAGCAUGAUUUCCAUUGGAAUAGCAGUGUGGAGUUGGUCAAUAUGACAGUUGAGCUGCGUCAACUAAUCGCAACAGCAAUGGCAUCUACAUUAACUCAGUCACAACAACACACUAUUGUACAAGCGAUUAAAGAUAAUCCAAAUGUUAUUCAUAGCGUUGGGAUUACCGCGGAAAUUCUACCAAAUCUGGUUAAUCGUAAUCCAGUGAUUGCAAUUGAAGUUUUACAAUUACUAAUUACGUCAGCUAAACGAGAUGAGUACUUGAAUGCUUUACUUAAAAUGGAGGUCACUGUACAAUCAAUCGAAGUAGUGAAUAGAUUAUCUACAAAAAUAGUCUUACCUACAGAAUUCAUACAGAAUUACAUAUCAAAUUGUUUAGCAUUUUGUUAUUCAGUACAAGAUAGAUUCUAUCAAAUGCGUCAUGUACGGCUUGUAUGUGUACUUCUUCAAUCACUUAUCCGAAACAACAUAUUAGAUAUUCAUAAUCAAGAUAUUUUGAUUGAAGUAAGGACAUUUUGUGUAGAGUUUACAAAGGCACGGGAAGCGACUACACUUCAUAGAUUAAUAUUGAAUAUGGAGAAUGCUGCUACCACUACCGCCGCCGCCACCACCACCACAACAACAACAACGGUGUCUAGUAGCAAUUCCACUACCUCAAUCACUUCUACCAGUUCAGCAAGCCAAUCGGCUAAUACACAGCAACAAGAUACUUCUAAUUCAAAUACUGAGACUACCAUCUCUUGAUAAUCUAUUGAAAAUUGCUGUUUCUAAUUUCUUUUUACUAACAGUACAGUAUGUAAACUACAAGUUGUACAAAUUAUAUAUGCAAAUAUCAC